CAGUGCGUAAAGGGUACAGGAUCCAGACUGACAAGGAGAGGGACUCCAUGAAGGUGCUUUACUAUGUCGAGAAAGAACUGGCUCAGUUUGACCCAUCUAGGAGGAUGCGAGAACGAUAUAACAACACCAUCUCUGAACUCAGCUCUUUGCAUGAAGAGGACUUGAACUACCGGCAGCCCUACCGCCAGGCGCGAAGGAAACCUCUGCCUCCUGCAGGGGACCUGGACAGUGAUGCCGAAUACUGGGCAGGAGUGAUUGGCUCGGGCAGCACAUCAAGAUCCCAGGCUGUCUCUGAUUAUAGAGAUGAGCGGGACAGUUUCCGGCACAGCCAGCAGAGAUCCAAGUCUGAGAUGUUGUCCCGUAAGAGUUUCUCUGUGGGAGUGCCGGCCGUUUCUAUGGACGAGCUGGCAGCUUUUGCAGAGUCCUACAGCCAGCGGACCCGGCGGGCAGACAGCCAGGAAACACGGCGUUUCGAGCGGUCAGAGUCGCAUGGUGGCCGCAGCGGAGGGCUGCCCCACCAGGAUAGCUCCAUGGAGGAGUACUACACCAAGCGCAGCAGAGGGAACCGAGAGCCGCUGACGGACUCGGAUCGGGGCUGGUCAUACAGCCCACCCCGGAGACGGGCCCAUGAGGAGAAGCACCUGCCCAGGUUGGUGAGCCGGACACCCGGAGGGAGUCAGAAAUACGAUCACUCCUACCUCAGCAGCGUCUUGGAGAGGAAAUCCCGGAGCUACGAUGAGAGCAGUGACCAUUGUGAAACCCCCUCAAAGCUGAGCUCGCAGCCCAGCCAGAGAGGAGGGGGAACGUACUACGCCUGGUCACCACCCUCCACUUACAAAGCAGAGAAGUCGCAGCAGCAGACGCAGCAGCCACCGCCUCAGCAGGAGGAAGAGGAGGACACCCUGCCCCCCUACAGUGAGAGGGAGCUGAGCCGAGGACCUUCAUACAGGGCCAGGGAGCAGGCCUACCUCAACGCCUCUGACAAGAAGAGGAAGAAGGACCCCAAGAAAACGAAUGAUUUCCCAACAAGGAUGUCCCUUGUGGUUUGA